UUGGGAAGGAAAAAAGCCAAAGUUGGGGAUGGAUGGGAUCUGGGAUCAUAUGUGUAAACAUUUUGAUCCUGGGCAGUGUCUUGGUCACCGGGAGUACUUAUGAAGAUAUAAAUAUCAAAGCCCCUCACCUGCAGAUUUUCCUCAUCAUCAUCCUCCUGCUUACCUCCAUGUGGAUGAUUUAUUACAGCAUCUACACAGCCAGGAUUAAAAAUGCUGUCAAUUACAAGGAUGUCCACGCUGGGCCAACUUGGCUCAGGGGAGGACUUGUGCUGUUUGCAGUCCUCAGCAUUAUCAUGGAUAUUUUCAAGCUUGCCAGCUAUGUUGGAUACCUCCACUGUGGUUCUGCAGUUAAAGUUGCAUUUCCCGUGGUGCAAAUUGUUUUCACAUUUGUGCAGACAUACUUCUUGUGGGUCCAUUCCAAAGACUGCGUGCAGCUACAAAAGAACAUUUCUUGUUGUGGGCUGAUGCUCACCCUCUCCACAAAUCUGGUUUUGUGGAUGACUGCAGUUGCUGAGGAGUCUGUUCACCAAACGUUAGUUCCCACCAAUCUGGACAACAUCACUAAACUCACUGGGCGAAGUUUGUACAUCAGUAGAGCAAGUUAUGGAGACCGUGAGUGUAAGUGCAGCCACUCUUCAUGUAGCAUCUUCAAGGUUGCCUACUACUACUUGUACCCUUUCAAUAUCGAGUACAGCCUCUUUGCAUCUGCUAUGGCCUACAUCAUGUGGAAAAACGUGGGUCGAUUAGUAGGUGAACAUGGCCACGCCAAAAUCAAAUUCCGUCUUAACGGCAUAUAUAUUGGUCCUACUUUUGGAAUCCUGUUAGUGAUCGCAGGGCUGGCGACCUUCAUUGCAUAUGAAAUGGAAAUGAAAAAUGAAGAUGCAAAAACCAAAGAAGAAGCAUUGAUGAUGCACUUUAUCAUGAAUAUAGUCAUAGUGAGCCUCAUGUCUAUUGUGACUGUGAUCGGCAUGAUGAUUUACAGGGUUGAUGACCGCGAACACGUGUCAGAAAAAAGUCCCACACGCAACUUGGAUGUGGGGUUGCUGGUCGGAGCCUCACUGGGACAGUUCGUCAUAAGCUAUUUCAGUAUCAUAGCCAUGAUUUCAACAGGAGUCAAAGACCCCCUGAAUAGGCUUGAUCUGUCCUUUGCCAUAAUUAUGGUGAUCCAGCUUGGCCUGCAGAACUUUUUCAUCAUUGAAGGUCUGCAUCGGCUGCCUUCUCACAAAGUGAAGGAACCAUCUGUGAUUGUAAAUCCUUAUGUGGUGGAACCCGGCAAUGACAUGAACAACCACGAAGGCUCAAACACGAACACAGAGACAAGCCCUGAUAUGCCAGAAGAUAACCUGCAAGGCGACAAGAUACAGUACAAAUACAAACCGUUGUGGAAGCGACAAGUGUUGAAGGAGGUCUGCAUGUUUUUGCUCAUGGGAAACAUCAUUUUGUGGAUCAUGCCUGCAUUCGGUGCUCGUCCUCAGUUUGACCACACCACUGAAACUGAAUUCUACAAAUUCAACGUAUGGGCUCCUGUUGUAAACGUGGGACUUCCUUUUGGCAUCUUUUACCGAAUGCAUUCGGUUGCCAACCUUUUUGAGGUGUUUCUGAUAUCAUAAAAUGGAAGCGUGCAACUUGUACAGCUGACUGGGUGGACACUUAAACCAUUUAUAACCUGUGGUUUGUUCCAAUGAUUUUUCUUUGCAAAUUUCGGUCAAAACUA